AUGUACAGGGAAAAUGAAGAAGAUGAAGACAUGGAGGAGGAACAAGAAGUUGAAGGAGGAGAGGAGGAAGAAGAAAUUGAAGGUGACGACGGAGAGAAUACAACGCGCCCAGUUAGAGUCGCCAGCUCAGUCGCCGGAGGCAGGCGGCUCGGGCGGCUCGGCGGCGUCGGGCGGCUCGGCCGCGUCGGGCGGCUCGGUCGCGUCGGGCGAGGAGGAGCCGGACGAGCGCCCCGCGCUGCCCGCGCGCGACGACCACCAGCACCAGCAGAUAGAGGCCAUCAGCAGCGGCACCGAGCCGAGUGGUGCUUUGUGUCUCUUGGAGGAAGUGGAGGCGACGAUGGCGACGAUAGUAUCGUUCCUUCCACACCUACACUGUAUGUCCCAAGGCGCAAUGACGGGUUCGGCGAGGCGGUGGUGUCGCCGCUGGGCGCGGGCGGCGCGGGCGGCGCGGGCGCGGCGAGCGGCGCGGGCGCGCGCUUCACGUUCGCGGAGGAGCCGCACGAGCCGCCCGCGCAGCACAGCACGCACCACGACACGCACGCCGACCUCGCGCCCGCCAUGCCGCCGCCGCAGCCCGACCGCGCCACCACAGACUCGCGACCUGAGGCAGGUGACAAUCAUGAUUGGGAGGAGUCAAGAGCAGAAGAAGAAACAACAGCUGUUAGUUCACAGGGCAGCGAACCUUCAUCACCUCAUCAGAUGGCGGAGGAAGGUCGUGAGGCGGAAGCGAGCGCGCCCGCGCGCGCGCGCCCGCGCUCGCCGCUCGCGCCGCACGCGCCCGCCGCGCACGCCGCGCACGCCGCGCACGCCGCGCACGCCGCGCACGCCGCGCACGCCGCCCCGCACAACCACCGCUGGAUGCGCGCCGCAGGUAUAUCAUUCGGUCUAUUUCAUCUUCUUGUCUUGCGGGGAAACUUGGAAACAUUCAACGUUUUAGAAGUGAAUCCACAAACUGCUAGUAGAUUUGUAUGAAAUUUAUUUCACGACAAGCCUAUUCCCGGAUUUACUAGGCCUCUCACAUACCACGGUUUGGCGGGUUAAGGACCACCGCAGUGUAUUUCUGCCGCCAAACAACAUUGUACUAGCACUAUUGUUUUUUUUUUUGUUUGUAUGACCAAUUAGUCAUCAUAACGAUUGGGCAUUACAAGACAUGAGAUCUUACAUCUUGGUGUGACGAGCGCAGUGGAAUAUAACAUAAUUUGUAGCUCAAGUCUCAAAAUGGUAUUACUAGUAUUUACGGGUGAUCUUGUCGCUUAUCACCAGACGCCUUACUCGUUCAUCAUUCGGUUGACAUCGACAUAAUUUUUCGGGCAAAAUACUGAGUUACCGUUAUCUCUUUCAUAUUUAAAUUACUGUAUAUUAUAGAACAUCAUCAUCCCGUUUAUUUGUAAGGAGUUAAAUCAUCAUAAGUGUUACUUCGCCUCCAUGAAGAACAUCAUCAUUGGAGCAAGCGCCAUCGGUACGAUGCCAGCGCCAUCUACUUAAAAUCAGAUUAAUAAUUCCCAUAUAUUUCCCACGGGAGAAAAUGACCAGGAUAAAAAUAUCUUAUGUGUUAAUCUACAUCAUGGUCUAUUCGUGUGCCAAAUUUCAUCCAAAUCCAUUCAACAGUCACUAUUUCUUUUUUUUUUUGUUGUGUUUGUUAUUAUCAGGAGAUGGUUCUUAUGAAAGAAAAAAUAAAAAAAAUUGCACGGUAAAUUAGAAAAUUUAAGAAAACUUAACAAAAAUAUUAAUUUUAUAUAACUGUGAAUUAUUUGAAGUAACUGUCAGCCAUUGACAGAAUGCGCGCUGCAAAUUCAUAGUUAAAACGGGACAACGUGUGUCGGGUCAACUAGUAUACGUAUAAAAAACGUAUUUUUAUAUCCAUAUUAUAUUGCUAUGGUCAAUUGUAAAUUGAUAUAAUAUUCAAUAGAAAAGGUCUCUGGAUGUUAUGAAAAUAGAUUAGGCACGUAACUGCGUCUAAACGUUAAUGUCAAAGUUUGCGGUCAUU